GGGACCACAUUUAAAUGGAAGGAGACCUCACAGUGGUGGAGGGGUUGGACGAAUGCUGAUGCCAUCUAAAGGUGUAGGUUCACCAAUGGGCGCUCACAAUGUAUACGGUGGAUACCCAACUAAAGGUGUCGGCUAUGGAGCAACAAAUGGUGCAGUGAGAGGUUCUGGUGGGAGACAAGGAGGAAAUCCAGCAGUUUCACCUAAUCGGGGCGGAGCUAAAUAUAAUGGAUAUGGUAGUCAAGCUGGCCCAAACAAUCAACAGCCAUUGAAAGGCAACGGCUACGGCGCUCACGCUGGUGCCUUUGGUGGACAAGGAAAUAAAGGUUAUGGAGGUGCUGCUGCUGGGGCCCAGAAAGCUAACAAAGGUCCAAUAAAUGGUAUGGGGGGUGCUGGAGGUAAACCCAUGAAAGGAUAUGGCCGACCAUACUAUGGAGCAGGUGUUGGUGCAGGGAUUGGACUAUCCCAAGGUCAGGGGGUGCCUCAGCUUGCCAGGAACAAGGGCAAAGCAUAUGGAAAUAAUGGCCACAAUGGUUAUGGAGGACACCCAAUGAGUGGUUACAACGGUGGCUAUGGUAAUGCUGGUAUGGGUCUUGGACCUCGGUAUGGAAAUGGAGGAACAAAAGGACCCAAACAAGGAUAUUCCGCAGGAGCGGAUGUGCACAACGGACAUGGAACUCCCAAUGGAUAUGGCAAUGUUCCAAUUGGGAAUGGCGUUAAACUUAAUGGAUAUGGUGCAACCAGAGGAGGUUAUGGAACUGGAGCUCUUCCUAUUGGCUAUGGAGGCAAACCUAAUGGCUAUGGAGCUGGAGCCGGUGGUGUUAAAGGAUAUGGAGCCAAACCCAAUGGGCCGGGAGUAAGAAAUGGUGCAGCUCUUGGAGGAUCUGGAAGUAAACUAAAUGGGUAUGGAGGACUUGGUGCGGGCUCAAACCCUCCGACCACCAAAGGAGUUGGAGCUGUGUCACCUGGCCAAGGUUAUGGGGGUGCUGGUGGAUUACCUACUGGACAGAUGCCUAACACAGGUUAUGGCCAGAUUCCGUAUGGAAAGGGUCCAAAGUUACCUGGUGCACCAGACGGAAGAGGUCUUAAAGGUGACGUUUUGUCACCUCAGCAACCAAGGUCAGUACCACAGGAGGGUGCUGCUCCUCAACGGCCAAUCAUAAGAGGUGAUGUGCUUCCUGCGCCUGAGCCUACAAAUGGAGGCCUUGUUCUGGUGACCCAAGACCAGACCCAAAGACUGCCCUCACCUGUGCCACAAGGGAAAAGCUACAAGCAGCUGAUGCCUCAAGGUUUUCCAGAGCAGAUUCCUGCGUUUCCUCAGGGCAAAGAAUCAAAGCUGGGAGGGGAUCCCAACACUGGUUCCGCAUUCCCUGGUCCGCAAGACAAGAGUCUGAAAGCUGCACCACCAGCAGGGGUUCACAACCCGGCGGUAGAGAUGCCCGGAGCUCUUCCUCAAGGUUAUGUGAUUGACAGCACCGGGCCCAAACAAAAAAGUGCAGAGGCAGAUGUGUUUGGGGUGGGCAACAGUGAGGGGGAUGCUGUUCCUCAAGGCAUCACACAAGCUGCUCCUACAAAGGAGGGAGUCAAGCAUCUGGAGCCUGAGGAAGGACCUCACAAGCUGGGGGUCAAAGAGUAUGGAGGAGCUUCAAACUCUAAAGGGCAGGGAGCUAAAGCAACCAAACCUGACUGUGGCCCAGGAGGUCCAAAUGGGCAGUGGAUGAAAAUACCUAGACCAGGAGCUGGAGCAUCAGCAGGCACAAACACCAAAGGUUACGUAGCAGGAGCUGGUGUUCCUCACAAUAGAUAUGGUGCUAAACCAAACGGUUACGGAGCAGGAGGAUAUACUGGGCCUCGAAAUGGAUAUGCAGCUGGCCUUGGAUAUCCUUUCGGAGGCAAGCCCCAGCAGCCAAUUUACAGACAAGGAGCUUACCUUGGAGGACCUGGUUAUGGAAAAGGAAACUCUUAUGCAGGAAAUGCAGGCCCUGGGGAAGGUGUCAAUUCUAAAGCAGGUCUUGGCUAUGGUAUUCCUCCUGCUGAUGCAAAAUCAGGUGGUGGCAUGCAGGUUCCUUACAAUGGUGCUUCAGCAGUGCCAGCUGGACUAAAUGGUGCUAGUCAGACUGAGCCACAAUCAGCUGGUCUUGGUCCUAAUAGAAAGCAAGGCCCCGUUCAUGGCGGAAUGGAUGGCUUAUAUUAUGGCGUUCAGACUGGGAUGGGUGCUGAAAACUCAAACGCCAAGUAUGGUAUUGGUGGACUGCAGUUCGGUGGCAACCCCUUGGCAGGAAAUAAUGGUGGAGGAAAUUAUGGUGGUGCUGGUAUGGGAGGGUUUCCAUAUGGAUACGGUGGCUUUCCCAACCUUCUAGGUUUUGGCAGUAAUGGAAAUAUUGCUGGCAAAUAUGGAUAUGGAAGAAUGCCCCAUGAAGCUCAGCCAGUUGGAUUUGUGCCUCAAGUCCAGUCUCCUGGUGCUGGCAAAUAUGGUCCAGCUGGCUCACCAUAUCAGUCAGGAGCUGUUGGAUUUGCACCAAGGGGCGGUGAUGGUUACUAUAUGCCACAAGGUGCUGAGCUUGGCAGUGAAGGAAAGCCUGCUGGGAAAUACGAUAACCAGGGAGUCCCCAUGACGCAGUCUCUUGAAUCAGCGUCUGAAAGUCAAUCUGGUCCACCUUAUGAAGCCCAGCCAGAUACCUCAGCCAAUACUAAUGUGGAAAGUGUUCCAGCACAAGCAGAUACAGGAAUGGCGACUAAUAAAUAUGAAAAUGUUGGCUAUAUAAGUGGAAGCAAACUGCAGCCUGAAGUUGUUUCGCUACCUGCUUCGCCCACUCCCGGCCCUAUUCUAGAGUCCGCCCUCACACCCGCUGGAACAGAUGACCUCACGGGCCCCGGCGGCCUCAUUUAUGAUUCUGCGGGCGUGGGUGACAAGCAGGCUCGGGGUUCAGAGCACCCGGACGACUUGGAGCAGCUGCCACGUCAAAUACACAUCCAGCAGCACCUCAAACUGCAUUUUCACCCUAAAGGGACCAAAGAUGCUAAUCACGAUUUGAAUGGCUUCUUCGGGAACAGUGGCUACAAAGGUUAAGGAUGCUCUUCCUGUCAUUGUAUGAUAGUUUUUUCAUCACUUGCUGAUUGUAUAUUCUAUUUACUCCUGCCCGUUACUAUUUACCAUUUUGUAGACACUUUGUUUUUUGUGCAUUUUAUACAUAUAGUUUUAUGCGCCCUGCAAUUUCAAUACAUCCUGCACUUUUGUGUUCAUGCAAACAAAUCGGAAUACUUCUAAUAAUGCAUUAUAAUUUAUUUGGCAUGGUAAAAUUGUAUUACUACCUGUAAGCAUGUGUUUUAUAUAUAUUGUACAGUAUUUGAUGGAUUAA